GUGGAGCUGUGGAAAAAAUACAUUGCUUGGGAGAAGAGCAAUCCCCUCAGGACAGAUGACCACGCCCUCAUCACAAAACGAGUGAUGUUUGCGUACGAACAGUGCCUGCUGUGCCUGGGCCACCACCCGGACGUGUGGUACGAGGCGGCCCUGUUCCUCGAGCAGUCCAGCAAGCUGCUCACCGACAAGGGAGACCUGAACGCCGGCAAGCUGUUCUCGGACGAGGCGGCCGCCAUCUACGAGCGCGCAACCACCACGCUGCUGCGCAAGAACACCCUCCUCUACUUUGCCUAUGCCGACUUUGAAGAGAGCCGAAUGAAGCACGACAAGGUUCAUCAAGUGUACAACAAGUUCAUCGAAAUCCCGGACAUUGACCCAACGCUGGCAUACAUCCAGUACAUGAAGUUUGCGAGGAGGGCUGAGGGCAUCAAGACGGCACGAAUUGUGUUCAAGAAGGCACGGGAGGACGCUCGCAGCGGCCACCAGGUGUACGUGGCCGCUGCACUCAUGGAGUACUACUGCAGCAAGGAGAAGACCGUGGCCUUCAAGAUCUUUGAACUGGGCCUCAAGAAGUACGGUGACAACUCAGACUACAUCAUGGCCUACGUAGACUACCUCUCACAUCUGAAUGAGGACAAUAACACCAGGGUGCUGUUCGAAAGGGUGCUCACGUCGGGAUCGCUGCCACCGGAAAAGUCGGUAGAGAUUUGGAAUCGGUUCCUGGAAUUUGAGUCCAACAUCGGUGACCUCUCGAGCAUUCUCAAGGUUGAGAAGCGAAGAGCUGCUGCCAUUGAAAAGCUCAAGGAGUUUGAGGGCAAGGAGACAGCGCUGCUGGUGGACCGGUACCGGUUUAUGGACCUCUACCCCUGCAGUCCUCAGGAACUGAAGUCUCUGGGAUACAGGGACGUGACGCGGCUGCCCGUGGUGGUGUCAUCUGCGCCAGCGUCAAAGCGUGAGGUGCGUGAGGAGAGUGUGGCGGAUCAGCAGAACCUCGUGUACCCCCGCCCUGACACGGGACAGAUGAUCCCCUUCAAGCCCAAGCAGAUCUGCCGUGCUCCUUGGAGCGACUCUGACCAUGGUCCAGUGCCGAGCGCACAAAGCAGCCUCGGGAGAAGCGCCGCGCCGCAAAAUAAAAAGAGGAGACGAAAGAGGAAGCGGGAUCAUCAAGGAUCUCGACUCAUGGAAGGACAAAGGGAAGCAACUGGUGCGCACAUUGUUCCCGGCGGCGUGUUCCCACCUCCACCGGCAGCGUCUGAACUGAUGAUGAGGCUGCCACCACCUCAUUGUUUCAUGGGUCCCUUUGCAGCAGUUGACGAGUUGAUGGAGGUCUUCAGGACCAUGAACCUACCUGAGAAAC